AUGGCAGCACUGAGUAUCGAGCAGAUUCUCACCCUGUAUGCGACCGAGUUAGCCGUCAUGUUGGCCAAGCGAACCAUCACAAGUGUGAGUCUCGUUGAGCAGUUACUUGAACACAUUAGUCUUCACGACAAGCCGCGCAAUCUCCGGGCCGUGCUAAGCACCGCGCCUCGCGAUAUUCUCAUCAAGGCGGCGUCUCAACUGGAUGACGAAAGAGCUCAAGGAAAGCUCCGUGGGCCUCUGCACGGUAUUCCCAUUCUUAUAAAAGACGCAAUCAAUACUCAUCCCAGCCUUGGCAUGCCAACAACAGUGGGAAGUUUUGCCUUAGCCGAUGCUAAACCCGCAGGAAACGCUGCUCUGAUCAAGAAUGGACUGAUCAUUCUCGCCAAAACCAAUUUAAACGAAUUCUGCAAUUGGAAGGGCUUCGACUCAAUCAACGGGUUUUCUGCCGUUGGCGGCCAGACCAAUUCUGCCUACAUCAAGGGCGGUCUGAAGGAUGGAGAGGCAGCAAUGGGCCACUCGAGCCCCCUAGGUUCAUCAACAGGGUCAGCAGUAGGAGUUUCUGCGGGAUAUAGCCCCCUAGCAUUGGGGACAGAGACUGAUGGAUCGUUGGUACAGCCUGCUGCGAGAGCAGCUUUGUAUGCACUAAAGCCGACCCCGGGGAGUGUCAAGAUGGACGGAGCGUGGACAUUAUCGCAUCAUUUUGACGCUAUCGGAGGCAUGACCAAGUCGGUCACUGACCUUGCCAUUAUAACUGAACUCCUUCAUACAGAUCAAGUUCGCUCAAAAUUGCCCACGGGCGGUUAUUUGUCAAGUCUCAGCAAAAGCUUCGAGGGUUUGAAAGUCGGAUUUCUUGAUCCUGAGAUAUGGCACCUACCGGAAAGAUUGUGCCCGCAAAUUCCGAGUGUGGUUCAGGAACUGAAUGAGACUUACGAGCAAGCUAUUGAAAAGAUCAACGCUUCCGGUGCUCAUGUCGAGUAUCCAGUUUCACUUCCUGGUUUCGAAAAGUUGACGAUGCCUGAUGGCGAUAUGACGGCGAUGGAAGUUGUCAUGCUGCGAGAAUACUCAAGAAACAUUGACCAGUACCUCGGAAACCUCCGGGACUGUAACGUCCGAACCGCCGCUAAAUUAAUUGCGUGGAAUGAGAAGCACGCAGAAAUUGAGUUGCCAUUUGAUCAUGCCAAUCAGCAACGAUUGAUUCAAGCGUGCAAGAAACGGCCUACCGCAGAGCAAUAUGAGGAGGCUCGUCGGCACAUGGAAAAGGUGGUGAUCGAGAACGGAUUUGAACCUCUAUUCAGCGGCAAAGGGCUUGACCUCAUUGCAGUCCCACAGGAUAGUAAAAUACCCAGCUUGGCAACAGCUUCAGGCUAUCCCAUUGCCACUAUGCCACUUGGUGUUCUGAAAGACUAUGGACGUCCAUUCGGCCUCGCCAUCAUGGCAAGAGCAGGGCGUGAGGACAUCUUAUUCAAGUUUAUGAGUGCCUUUGAAGCCACGUUUCCAAAGAGGGCCAUCCCUACUUUGCUGUUGCAGCCAAUUCAAACUGUCAGGCCCGGGGCACCAACUAAGAUGUAA